AUGAGCCUCUCGGCAUUCGUGAUUCCGGUAUUCCUCGACACCAACCAAACAGCCGACCAUAUGGUCCGACAAUGGGCUCGCCUUUACCACUAUGGGCAUAUCUAUCUACCUGCAUUAUGCGUCUCCACAACUGGGAUGUACCUGUUCGCUGCGCUGGGCAGGCGAGCCUCCAACAACGAGCAGUGGUCUCGGUACGCGCUAGCGGCGAUAUCAACCAUUACCAUGGUGCCGUUCACCUGGCUCCUCAUGACCCCGACCAAUAACACUUUGUUUCGGCUGGACGGGUCGGAUUAUUUUGUGGAACUAAGCCUUGUGCGAGGCCUUGUGGUGAAGUGGGCAUGGCUGCAUGUUACACGGUCCCUUUUCCCCCUUGUCGGAGCAAUUCUCGGCUUUACGACCCUCUGCCAAGAGUUCCGAUCGGGAUGA